GUGAUGGUCGAGCACAUCGGACGCGUGUUGCCGCAAAAUAGUGUGAAAAUCUCAGAAGAUGUAGAUGCUCAAGUACAACAAGUUUACGACGGCGUCGACAAGGAUGUUCUACUUGCGACGGGCACCACUGGUGGGCAACUACUACCCAGAACGGACCUGAAGUUUAUUGACUUCAGCGAGUCCUCCUUUGUGGGUUUGAACUUGAAGAAAGGCAGCUCUAUUCAUCUCGACGAUGUCGUCCAACAAGACGGACAGCAUGCGGAUAACGCAAUGAAGAUGAACACGAACAGCACGAACGCGACUCCCCUAGAAGUACUUCCUGUACCGGCUACAAGGCGCUCGCCUGAUCGUGCUUUUCAUCAUCUGUUUUCACAACACCUAGAUGUAAAUCUAUUACCCCCCGCCACCUCCACCGGAAAAAUCGUGUUCGGAAAGAAAGUGGUCGAUGAAAAAGGAGUCGUGUUACCACAAAUUGGGG